CAGAACUCACAAUCACAGCUAACCUUCGCCCCCACCCCUUCAAAUACCAUCGACGCCAAACUCUCUCUCUCUCUCUCUCUCCCUCUCUUCCUGCCUAUUUCCAUCUCACAGGGAGAGAUUCGCCUAUUUCCAUCUCACAGAGAGAGAUUCCAAGGAAGGAAAGAUGGCUCGGAACGAGGAGAAAGCUCAAUCGAUGCUGAACAGAUUCAUAACGUUGAAGAACGAGGAGAAGAAGAAGCCAAAGGAGCGCCGCCCGUUCCUAGCCUCUGAAUGCCGUGAUCUCGCCGAGGCUGACAAGUGGCGUCAGCAGAUCAUGCGCGAGAUCGGGCGCAAGGUCGCCGACAUCCAGAACGAAGGUCUCGGCGAGCACCGUCUCCGCGACCUCAACGAUGAGAUCAAUAAGCUAAUUCGCGAGAAGUCCCACUGGGAGCGCCGCAUCAUUGAGCUUGGUGGCCCCAAUUACGCCAAGCACUCUGCCAAGAUGACUGACCUAGAGGGCAACAUCGUCGAUGUCCCCAACCCCAGCGGUCGUGGCCCUGGUUACCGCUACUUUGGUGCUGCCAAGAAGCUGCCUGGCGUUCGUGAGCUUUUCGAGAAGCCCCCCGAACUCAAGAAACGCCGCUCCCGUUACGACAUCUUUAAGCGGAUUGACGCCAGCUACUAUGGCUACAGGGAUGACGAGGAUGGGAUUCUCGAGAAGCUGGAGGGUCCCUCGGAGUCUCAGAUGCGGGCUCAGGCCUUGAAGGAGUGGCAGAUGAUGGAGGAUAUCAAGAAAGAGGCAAGGAGGUCGGUGAAGAGUGGGGAUGUGGCAGGGGCCACGGAGGUGACUCCGACAACCAUCUUGUUUGAAGGAGAGGAGGAUGUGGUGGAUGAGGAGAGGCGGGCAAAGGAGAAGGAAAGCAGGAUGGAGGAAGAGGAGUUUGUUGUGCAUGUGCCACUUCCGGACGAGAAGGAAAUUGAGAGGAUGGUUGUGGAGAAGAAGAAGAUGGAACUGUUGAGUAAGUACACAAGUGACAAUCUUUUGGAAGAGCAGAUCGAAGCCAAGGCCAUGCUUAAUGUUCAGCGGUAGUCGAUUCUUCGUCUUGCUUGCUUUUUUGGAUAGUGGGUGCAAGUAUUUUCUUGCUAUCAAUGAGGCCUUGGAUUUCAUAAUGGAGUCUCAUGCAACGGUCAGUGGUGCGGCCAUGUCCUUGAUGAAAGGCAAUGUAUUUGUUCGGGUAUAUUUCUUUACUUUAUACAAAAAUUAUUUCAGUCAUUUGUGUUGGUGUGUAUGCAACUACGCAUCAAGCUAAAACACUGUAAACACAUCAAGCUUAUUAAUUAUAGUAUUAGUUUGAAGGA